AUGGUGCCAUUGCAACCUGGUAGCCUGUUCCUAGGUACUACAUUCAAUCAAGACAUUUCGGAUUGGGAUGUAUCCUCCGGUGUAAAUAUGUAUUCAAUGUUUCAUUCCAACUCGGCGUUCAAUCAAAAUAUCAAUGGAUGGACAACAAGUUCUUUGACAAAUAUGCAGUACAUUUUCUGGCAUACCGGUAGUUUCAACCAGCCUCUCAGCAAUUGGGAUGUCAGCAAAGUAACAUCAUUUUUUGGGGCUUUUGAAGCCAGCAAGUUUAAUCAAGACAUCUCCAACUGGAAUGUUGCUGCUGGCAUAGGUUUUGACUUCAUGUUUUUUUCUUCACAAUUCAACCAAGACCUGUGUGAUUGGGGAAAUGGAGCCACAGCACUUACCUCCACUAACCUGGGAAACAUGUUUGCUAGUUCCGGCUGUCCAGAUACAAGCAAUCCAAGUUUCGCUACAUCUCCAAGAGGCCCCUUUUGCUAUUCAUGUCCUUAA